CGGGAGCAGGCGGCGGAGCCCGUGGCGAGCGCGGCGGGGGCCACGCGGGAGCGCUUCCUGCGCGACCUCUACCCGCGGCGCAGGCCCGUGGUGCUGAAGGGCGUGGAGCUGGGCGCGUGCACGCGGCGCUGGAGCGCGGACUACCUGCGGCGCGCCGGCGGCGGGCGCGCCGUGCGCGUGCACGUGUCGCCGGGGCCGCGCAUGGACUUCCUGCGCAAGAACUUCGUGUACAGAACUCUGCCUUUUGAUGUAUUUGUACAGAGAGCAGCUGAAGCCAAACACACAGAGUACUUUCUGUCUGAGGAUGAAAAGUACUACUUGCGAUCCCUGGGUGAAGAUCCUAGACAGGAUAUUGCAGAUAUCAGAAAACAAUUUCCUGUCUUGGCAGAAGAUAUCCAGAUCCCAGAGUAUUUUGAAAAGGAACAGUUUUUCUCUAGYGUCUUCCGCAUCAGUUCAGCAGGAUUGCAGCUAUGGACACACUAUGAUGUAAUGGAUAACUUCUUAAUCCAAGUAACGGGGAAAAAGCGAGUCGUUUUGUAUAGUCCUCAAGAUGCACCAUAUUUAUAUUUAUCAGGCUCUAAAUCACAGGUCCUGGAUGUGGAUAAUCCAGACUUUGAGAAAUACCCUCUUUUCCUAAAAGCUAAGCGCUAUGAAUGUUACCUGGAAGCGGGAGAUGUGUUAUUUAUUCCAGCUUUGUGGUUCCAUAACGUAAUUUCUGAGGAAUUUGGAGUGGGAGUGAAUGUCUUUUGGAAGCACCUUCCCUCUCAGUGCUAUGAUAAAAGUGACACUUAUGGAAAUAAGGAUCCCACCGCAGCCUCUAGAGCUAUGCAAAUCUUGGACAGGGCCCUGAAAACACUUGAAGAGCUACCUGAGGAAUACAGGGAUUUUUAUGCUCGGAGAAUGGUGUUACGCAUCCAAGAAAAAGCCUAUAGCACUGACUGUCAGUAAAAUAACACACUACAAGGCACCAAAAUCUGCUGAAAUUAGAGAAGCAUAUGUUAUAUGGAUACUGCCCCUAUGUACAUAAAUGCUGUUUCUGUGCGACUAAUAAAAACAGUGGUACAAUCU